GUUCUCGUUUUUCUUCCGCGUUUCUCGUUCGACGUUUGUAUUUUACUGUUUCAUUCUUCGCGUUCCUUCGGUUUCAAGUCGAAUUAGUAAUCAAGUCGAAUUAAAUGAUGACGCGUUACACUGCCGGCAACGAUCGUCGCGGAUUGUCGGCCACGGAUUAGUGUUUGGAGGUUUCGUGAGACGGGACGGCAGCUAACUCCGCCGGAGGCUGGAAGUGCUGCUGAAGUGGUCGCAACGGUCCUUGGCAGUCCCUGGGCGUCCAGGUGACUUCGCGCGAGGCCAGGGUACCAUCGAGCCGCCGGGACAGUCACCAGCGGAUCCUCCUGCGCGUCCGAAUCCGUCGAAAGAUGAGUUCGGCUUCGACCGGUGGUACGGAGGGGUCUAGUCCAGCCUCUAGCCCUGCCUCGGCCGCGAGUCUCACGAUGGCUGCUCCGAAAUACGGCACGCUGGUGCCUAAUCGUAUUUUCGUGGGUGGCAUCUCGGCCAGCACCAGCGAGGCGGAACUUGCACAACUCUUCUCGGCCUACGGCAACGUAAAGGCUACGAAAAUUAUCUCGGAUCGUGCCGGUGUGUCCAAGGGCUACGGCUUCGUCACUUUCGAAACGGAGGAGGAAGCGAAGCGUCUUCAGCAAGAGUCCGAAUGCAUCGUCCUGAGGGAGAGGAAGCUCAACAUAGCGCCCGCGAUCAAGAAGCAGCCCUUCAACAGAUCCUUCGACGGUGGUUCCGGUUCGCCCCCUUCCGUACCUACGAGUACUUACUAUUACACGAACGGUAUGGGUCUCGCUUAUCAGAACGGCAUGACAUUCUAUAACACGGCAGCUCCCGCACCAGCAACUUCCAUUGCUCCACCGACGGACCCGGGAACGAUUUAUCAAGCUACGGGAGUGUUCGGUCCUCAAGCCGCUACCGGCCAUCAAACGUUCGCUCCUGUGAUGUAUCCAUGCCCGGCACCGUCGUUGUAUAUGCCGCAGCAAUACCAGUAUUCGCCUAUGCCGUACGAAACAUACUACGCAGGAGCAACCGCCGCUGGGGCGCCCCAGUACUUGUACGCUACCGGCAAUUCGCAGAGCAACACGAGCGGUGGCGGAAAUAAUUCCGGCAGUGGCAAUAAUGGUACAGGAGCAACUAGCCCGCCGACGGCGGGCCCACCGCCGCCUCUCCCAUCUCUGCCUCCUCCACCUCCGACGCACUUUUACGCUCCUGCUGCACCGCCCCCACAUCAUCAUCCACCGGUGCCCGCGGGCCCGCAUCCUCCCCCCGCACAGGUGGAUCAUCUGUACUACUCUUUUGCAGCUGGCCCGCACCCACCGCCCCCGCCGCACGCACCUAUGGGACUGACCGAGCAGCAGCAGCUGUUGUUGUACACUACGGAUGCGUCGUGUCAAACCACCACGUCUGACGGUCAGGCUGUUCCGCAGGAGGAUUCACGUCCGACGCCGAGCCACUCGGAGCAUCAGCACGGUGAGGCACAGGCUGCCUCAGGCUCAGCCGCAGCGACGUCUCUGGUAUCCCUAAUGCCCGUCAAAUUCCCCGUGUCCGGUCGUUACGCUAAUUAUCAACCGAUCGCGAUACACACCGCUGCCGCCAAUUUGCACGGCGCGCAAAACUGCUCGAGCGAUUCCGACGACUGCACCGCCGCCAAUGCGUCGAUGCAUUGUCGCACGAUCGUCUAUCACCCGGCCACCGUGUACAUUCCACACGCACCGCCGUCUUAUCACGGCGCGUCCGGCACUGCUAGCCUACUGCCGACCCCGUACUCAGCGAGCUCGUCGUACGACGGCAGCAACGCGAAAACUCACGCUCAUCACAACUCGAGAGAUGGUGGUGGCGGCGGCGGCGGCAAGUACACGGCGGUCACCGGCGGUCAAGGGGGUAACUACGCGAAGGGGGGUCAACAGAAUCACGGCUAUCAUCCGUUAGCGCAUCAUCAGAACACUCACGGCAAGUCGCAGCACACGCAGGGCGGUUCGCAGUCGCACAAUCACAGUAAUAACAACAACAACAACAACAACGGCAAAUGUAGCGGCAACGGGGCGACGGACGGAUCGCAUAAAUACCAGGCGAUGGCGAUGUCGCGACUACCAAUCCCGUACAAUAAUAAGAGAACGGCUGGAUCGAACGUGGGCUCGCCAGCUGCUUGCUUCCUCAAGUCCGCCGGCGGUGCUGGUGGCGGCGGAGGUUACGGGUCGAACCAAAACGCGCACAGAGUCAAUCUCACGGCGUCCAACUACGGCGCGCACAACAAGCCAACGGUGAACUACAUGAACGCGAAUGUGUCCGGUUACGAGCACGCGACCAACGGGCGCAAGAGCUACGGCAGUGACGAUCAGACUACGUACUAUGAGAUCGGCAAGCCGAUGAGCGGCUCUUACGGCUCCGGUCGCAAGGGCGGUUGCAUGUCGAAUAACAACGGAUACAGAGGAGGAGGAGGAGGAAGUGGUGGUGGUGGUGGUAGUGGUGGUGGUGGAGGAGGAGGAGGAGGAAGUGGAAGCAACAGCGCCCGGUUAGACGCGCUCGUAAACGACAGCAACGGUCGACCUAAUAACGACGUCGGGUACGAUGCCGCCUCUCAGACGGCGGAUGGCAUCGCUACGACGACGCUACCCGCUCACCUGUCCGCGGCCAACAACGCGAGCGCGGACGCUCAGGAGAAGCUGACGGCGAGCCCACCGCCAGCCCCCUAUUCACCCAUGACACGGCCCCUUCCAACUGUCUCACCGCCCAACCCCCAGGUCCAGUUUUACUCCGCACCGACUCAGAACCGUUAUCAACAGUCCUCAACAUCCAUACCUCCCUCCCAUCAACAACAACAGCAGUCCAUCGGCGGUCAACAGCAACAACGCGGCCGCUACUCGGUCGCUCAGACGAUAUCGUCCUCCAACCGGAAGCCGUCCGACAAGUAUUCGAGCACCGGCUCGCAGACCACGACGAUGCUGCGACAGCCCAAGUACAAGGUGAACGGUAUAAUGCAGUCGACGGCGACGGCUACGACCAAGCUCAACGACGACAGUCUUGGAGGCGCCGGCGAUGGCCCGACGGCGGGCACGGUCAACAGGAUGCCGAUAACGCCGCCCGGCACACCGCGCGGUCACCCGGCGGCGGGCGAUCAGAUGGGCGAUCAAUUGGGCGAAACGUGCCAUCAGAUGCAGGCGCUGACUCUAUAGACGCUUCCCCGCCAUUUCUUUCAUGUCUUCGCCCUCUUUGUUGUCUUCUUAUCGAGAGUAUGUUAUCUUAGGAGAGCAGAGAGAGAGAGAGAGAGAGAGAGAGAGAGACCACGUGCAACCUAGAACGACGGCUACAAACUGUGAAAAUAGAUCGACGCGGAAUUGACACGUACAUAUACACAUACACACGUACAUACGCAUUGCACACUUUACACAUGCAAAUACGCUACGGUAUAAUAUUCUCUGGUGAUCUCAGACUCAACAUGCAAAGCUAACUAAGACGUUCGCUGUAGAAAAAUGGAAUCUUUCUCCGGUUCUUGAUCGCGAUGGCUAGCCGAUCCGCGGAGAACGAUCCUGACGGAUCUGACACGCAUGAACGCGAUAACGAUAUACAAUAUUGUUAAUUGUUACACGAUGAUUGAUGAAAAGUAGGGGCGAGAAAGAGGUGGGGGGAGGGGGAGAGAGAGAUAUAUACAGACGGAGAUUGUACCUAUUAUAAAAGUUCGCGCGAGUUGAAGUGAUAAUCUUCAAUGGCAAGUGCGUAGAUAAAAGGAUUAAGAGAGAAAUAAAACUUCUAUAGGUAUAUAUACGCGCAAGUACGAUGCGUCAUUUACAUACACAUCUACGUUAUAUAUUACAUACCGUAUAAUAUUACAUACUAUUACAGUAUCCGAUGUUAUAUGCGUGAUAGGCUCGACAAACCAUGAAUCUCGCGAGCAAGGCUAGAUUAGUUAGCAAAAGAUAGAACCGAGAAACAAAUGAAAAAAAAAAAGAAGAAAACAAAUAACGUUGUUAUCGUACAAAGACGAACGAUUUUGUCAUGUGUUCAAAAGAAAAAAAAAACAAAAGAGUAAAACAAUGCAGAGAAGGAUAACAGGGAGGCGAGAUAGGGUUGAUUUCAUAAAACGGUUGCUCAAGGCACUGCCACAUCUCCAUGAUUUUUCAUUUUUUACCGCCAAGGACGGUAAUCCGUACUUAUAGUUUCUCUCUCUCGUUAGAGUAACCGUGAAUAUAUAUACAUAUAUAUUUCAUCACGUAGGGCGGAUUAAUAAUACAGAUUUGUUGUUCUUUUUGUUGACAAAUUUUCCGCGCAAAACGUAACGUGUUGUAGCUGUUAAAUACGAGAAAAAAAAGAGAGACCCAAGUACGAAAGACGAAUCGCCCCGUAUCCACAAGCGAAUAAGGUAAGAUAUUAAAUGAAAAAAAAAAUAAUAAUGAAUUAAAAAAAUGUGUCGGCUGUGAGCUUCCAAGCAAAUAACAAUAAUUAAAUUAUUAUAAUAUUAAAGGUUAAAUAAUAUUCUACCUAAUUGUUACGAACGUGGAUUUCUUUUAUCUAUAAAUGUGAAGUAAAUUUGUUAUCUCGUAUCUCGCAUACCGUAGCUAUGAUUGUCCAUUCUAGAGAGAGAGAAAAGAGAAAAAAGGGAGGAAGAGAAAGAAAGAGAGAAAGAAAGAGAGAGAAGGAGAAAGGAAGAGAAAGAGAUGGCAACAGAGAAGUAGAUGAGGUUUGUAGCGCCGUCAUGUAACAAUGAUACGGCGCACGUUUAGCGGAUGAUAUUUCGAUGAACGUGUGGUACGUAGAUAAUACGAUACGCGACAAAGGCCUAGGACGCAUAGGGAGAAUCUGUGAGUUGUUAACAAAGAAAUUAAUUUAUUGAAAAAAAAGCAAGAGUGCCUUCUAUUUGUUUUCGUGAUUGUAUUGUUGAACAUUUGUUGCGUUACGUUCCGAGAGCCUCUAAUGUUGUUAUAAGAAAAAAAGAGAUGUUUGAAGAAUGUUGUUCCUCUAUUUAUUUAUUGAUUUACGGGCAUGCGUAUGCUGCCCGACUAUAUCCAGCGAAUUCGGUAGUGUGAGAGAGAGAGAGAGAGAGAGAGAGAGAGAGAGAGAGAGAGAGAGAGAGAGAGAGAGAGAGAGAGAAAGAAUGAUGCUGUAAUAAGGUAUCGAUAGCGAUGAAUCAUAGUGAGAACGAACGUGAAAAUAUAGCAAUCGAGUCGCAUAAUAAUUGACGUUGUUGUCAUGUCUAUGAAAGAGAGAGAGAGAGAGAGGGAGAGAGAUUGGAACGAGUGCGAUGAAUUGUUGUGAGUGUGAACCGAAUGAAUGAAUGUGAGAUAGACAGGGAGGAAGAUAGAAGAAGCAGCUCAUUUCGACACCUAGUUCUACGUAUUACACAGAGAACGCAGAGAGAUGACAUCCUCCCUUAUAAUACAUACAUAUAUAUAUAUAUAUAUAUAUUAUAUAUAUA